AUGGAGCGCAUAGAUCUGAACCACUCAAACCUCGACGGCCUGUCAGUAGCCGCAGCAAUAUCACAAACGACUGCCCGCCAUAGCGCUGCAGACCGUGCUGCGGAGCUGUCGCUUGCUUUCCGGUCUCUGGCCAGUCAGAAAAUCAAGUAG